UUUAUGUUUAUAGUUUACAUAAGGUAGGUAUGGCAAUUAACGCCCAAUGUGUAAUAACGCCCGAAUGCUAAUAAUCGUAGUUAAAGUCACGUGAGUUACGACACAUUUCACGCACACAUAGAUUAAACCAAUAAGAACGCUCAGACGCGGCGCGGCAUGGAUCACGCCACGAUUAUGCUCAGUUGCGAACCGCACCGCAAGGAGGCCGACAGUGCACGCUGUUAUUAUAAAAUAUACUCUGACAAAUCGAUCGGGGAAAUGACACCAUUUAAUUCCAAACGCAAGAAAAGAGGGGAGUUGUGGACUGAAGAUACCAUGAAAGCUGCCAUGAAUGCUGUGCAAAGAGGACAUUUGACUCAGCGAUCAGCAGCAGCAAGGUAUAAUAUUCCGCGUAGAACUUUGAGAGAUCAUUUAAAAACAGGUGAAGAAAUUAAACGUUUGGGCAGAAAGCCUGUGUUAACGAAUAAUCAAGAAAAAGAUUUAGUUUCGCGGAUAAAAAGAUUUGCAAGCAUUGGAAUUCCACUAACACCUAAAUUCAUUCGAAAACAAACUUUCUUAUUUUGCGAGAGACAUGACAUCAAAAAGAAGGCUAUCAAUUAUAAAGGUCAACGUAUUACUAAAGAUCUCUUUAACAAAAACGAUGAAGAUAAUAAAGCAAAGAAUACCAAAACCAAAGAAAAAGAGAAAAACAAGAAAGAUAAGAUUAAAUCAAAAAAUAAAGUAAUAAAAACAAAGGAUAAGAAACAACAAAAUAAGAAAAGGAUAAAUGAAAAAAAGACGAUACGGAAGACUGGUACUGCUAUGCAUGUCAUGAAACUACAAAAUUGGACAUGAGACAAUGUAAAUUUUGCAUGAAGUGGUACCAUGAGGAGUGUGUGGGCCUCUCUAUACAUGACGAAUAUUUAAUUUGUUCAAAUUGCGAAUAAAUAUAAAACGUACUACAAUUCCAAAGGACUGUAAGACUGAUUACUGAUAAGUACUUUGAUUAGUUCUUAGGAUAUAAUUAGUUUAUUUUUGAUCUCAUUAAUUAAGCUUCGUACUUAAUUCUGGGCGUUAAUUGGCGCACUGUUCUGGGGCGUCAUUAGCCAUCUACGUUUUAUAGCGCCCAAUAAGCAUUUUUUAAUAAUUUGUUUUUUUAUGAAAAAAGAAUUAUAUGUUGAUUUUCUAUAAUUAUUAAACUUGUUAGAAGUGAGAUAUUUUUGUUAAAGAUGAUUAAAUAGAAAAUACGAGAUAUGUUAGACGUGUUACAAAAUUUAAAUAUAGUAGUAUUUGUAGGUCAUUUAUGACAAUUAUGAUUCUUUCUAAUAAAAGACAACAGAAUAUACUUUUUGGUUUUGUACGGCUAUAAGUCAAAAUAUUUAUGUUUAUUAAGAUAAUUUGUAAAUUACUAUGUGGGCGUUACUAAAAACCGUAUGCUCAAUAACGCCCAUGACAGGGUAUUCAAAAAUUCUUUGUUUACAUAAUUUUAUACGACUUAUAGCACUUAAGUAUUACUUUUUUGUGUUUAUUUUUUGUCAAUAAAACUAUUUUUCUAAGCAGUUUUUUAAUACAGUUGUUUCAUUAAAUAAUAUAUUGAUUUGAAAUUAAGUGGGCGUUAAUUGCCUACGAUACCUUAUUAAAAAAUGUCACAUUUAAUGUAAGGAAGCUGAAACUGUAUGAAUUUUCAUCUAAUUACGAUAAAAAAAAUUUAAUAGAUUUUGAAAUUUUAUAAUCUUAUUUAUUUUGCAAAUAUCCAGAUAAUCUUUGCUUUUUAUGUAUAAAUUAGUUAACAUUGACCUUAU